AUGGAGAUUGUUAAAAGAGCUCACAAGUUUUUAAACCAAGACGCUGUAUAUUGUACAGGAAGGAGGAUGACCUAUAACCAUCUUCAUAAGCAUUCAAAUGAAGUGAGUGAAAGGAUCCUGAAUUCCAGGCUUGAUCUGAGUUCUGAAAGAAUUUCAUUUUUAAUCCCACAAGCAUAUGAAUAUAUCGCUUGCCAAUGGGGAAUCUGGAAAUCGGGUGGAGUAGCUGUCCCUCUUUGUCCUCAGCAUUCUUUGCAGGAAAUGGAAUAUAUGAUAACCCAAUCCAGGUCAUCUCUUAUCUUAUGCCAUAACCAGUACCUACCAAAAUUGCAGCCAGUGGGUGAAAAACUCAAUAUACAAAUUCUUCCCAUUAGCAAUUUUUCUGAAAUAAUCAGUAGCUCAUUUAAUGACUCUUAUCGGGUUAUGCGCAAAGAUAGGCCAGCAAUGAUAGUCUAUACUUCUGGGACUACAGGAAAACCAAAAGGGGUUGUUCAUACCCAUGAGAGUAUUGAAGCACAAGUGCAAGCUUUAGUCACUUCAUGGGAAUGGACUUCUAGAGACCAUAUUCUAGAAACUUUACCUUUGCAUCAUGUUCAUGGGAUCGUUAAUAUAUUAUGCUGCGCUCUUUAUUCAGGCGCUAAAAUUACGAUGCAUCCAAAAUUUGAUGCUAAGCAGGUAUGAAGCGAAUUUUUGAAAAAUGAUGAUUUAAAUGUUUUUAUGGCAGUUCCUACAAUUUAUUCAAAACUUCUUAACGAAUGGGAGAAUUUUGAUGAUACAGCAAAAGCGCAGCUGAGAAAUUCUUUAAAGAAAUUUAGAUUAAUGGUCUCUGGGUCUAUGGCACUUACAGAUUUCGUAUUUAAUCAAUGGAAGAAUAUAACUGGGCACACUUUACUAUACAGAAAAAAAUUAAAUAAAAAAAAAAAGUCCCAUUAUUUUUAAUUUUUUGCAUUCAAACUAAAAAAAUAUAGAAAGGUAUGGAAUGAGCGAAACAGGAAUGAUUUUAUCAAACCCUCUUAAUGGCCUACGCAGACCAGGAUGGGUUGGAAAACCACUUCCAGGUGUUGAAGUAAAAACAACAGAUGGCGAGCUCUUAGUCAGAGGCCCUGCAAUUUUUAAAGAAUAUUUCGACAAUCCUAAAGCCACUUCAGAAUCUUUUGACAGCGAAAAAUACUUUAAAACUGGUGACAUUGUAGAAAUUGACACUGAGACCCAAUACUAUAAAAUCCUAGGCCGAGCAAGUGCUGAUAUCAUAAAAUCAGGAGGCUUCAAAAUUUCAGCUCUUGAUAUAGAAAGAGAACUAAUGGAGCAUCCUAAUAUUGCAGAAGUCUCAAUAGUGGGAGUUCCUGAUGAAGAAUAUGGCCAAAUUAUAGGAAUGAUUUAUAAAAGCAAAAAUAACGUGGAAUUUAAACUUGAAGAGCUGCAAAAAUGGUGCAGAGAAAGACUAGCUCCAUAUAAACUGCCUAGAGUUCUUAUAAAAGUCAAUGAAAUUCCAAGAAACCAAAUGGGGAAAAUCAAUAAAAAAGAGCUUUUGCAUUUGUUUAAGAAGUAA